UGCCCGCAGACUCAGGCUGGGCUGGAAGAGCACCUGAAGCUACAGAGAAGGCACGCAGGCUCCCAGGAACCCAGACACCCGCGAACACCCGCCCAAGGAAGCCUUAAGAAGACUCGGGAGCCUGCAUCGAGCGCGCAGCGAGCCGCGAUGGUGGAAAUGGAGAAAGACCGACCUCAGUGGGGCAAUCCCUUGCAGUUCGUGCUCGCUUGCAUUUCCUAUGCAGUGGGACUAGGGAACGUCUGGAGGUUUCCCUACUUAUGUCAAAAGUAUGGAGGGGGUGGGUUUCUGGUCCCUUAUCUCAUCAUGCUCAUUGUUGAAGGGAUGCCCCUUCUUUAUCUGGAGCUAGCAGUGGGACAGCGUAUGCGGCAAGGGAGUAUUGGGGCGUGGAACACGAUAAGCCCCUAUCUUCGAGGAGUCGGCAUUGCCAGUGUCAUCGUCUCAUUCUUCCUCUCCAUGUACUACAAUGUGAUUAACUCCUGGUCCUUUUGGUACCUCUUCCAUUCAUUCCAGGAUCCCUUGCCAUGGUCCAGCUGCCCAUUGAACAGUAAUCUCACGAGUCAUGAUGAAGAAUGUGAGCGAGCCUCAUCAACUGAGUACUUCUGGUACCGGAAAACCCUCAAUAUCUCACCCUCCAUUCAAGAGAAUGGGGUCAUCCAGUGGGAACAGGCCUUGUGUCUCAUCUUAGCAUGGCUGGUGGUGUAUCUGUGCAUUCUGAAAGGCACGGAAUCAACUGGCAAGGUGGUCUACAUAACUGCAUUGCUGCCUUACUGUGUUCUCAUCAUCUAUUUGAUUCGGGGUCUCACCCUGCAUGGAGCUGCCAAUGGCCUAGCGUACAUGUUCACCCCCAAGGUAGAGCAGUUAGCGAACCCCCAAACCUGGAUCAACGCGGCCACACAGAUCUUCUUCUCCCUCGGCCUUGGGUUCGGCAGCCUGAUUGCUUUUGCCAGCUACAAUGAGCAGUCCAACAAUUGCCAGAAGCAUGCCAUCAUUGUGUCCCUGAUUAACAGUUUCACGUCCAUCUUUGCCAGUAUCGUCACGUUCGCCAUCUAUGGCUUCAAGGCCACUUUCAACUAUGAGAGCUGCGUCAAUAAGGUGAUCUUGCUGCUGACCAAUACCUUUGACCUUGAAGACGGCUUUCUGACCUCAGGAAACCUGGAGGAGAUGAAAGCUCACCUAGCAUCUACCUACCCAAAGGAAUACAGUGAAGUGUUCCUACAGAUUAAAAACUGUAGUUUGGAAUCAGAACUAGAUACCGCUGUCCAGGGGACUGGACUGUCAUUUAUUGUCUACACUGAAGCCAUUAAAAACAUGGAGGUGCCCCAGCUGUGGUCAGUGCUAUACUUCGUUAUGCUUCUGAUGUUGGGGAUAGGAAGCAUGUUGGGGAACACCACUGCCAUCCUCACUCCUCUGACAGACAGCAAGUUUAUUUCAAGCCGCUUGCCCAAGGAGGCAAUCUCAGGUCUUAUAUGCGUCAUUAACUGUGUCAUUGGGCUGGUGUUCACCUUGGAAUCAGGAAACUACUGGUUUGAAAUAUUCAACAACUACUCUGCCACCUUCUCCCUCCUGCUCAUUGUGCUGGUGGAAACAAUUGCUGUUUGUUAUAUUUAUGGCCUAAGAAGAUUUGAAAACGACCUUCAAGUCAUGACUGGAUGCAAGUUAAACUGGUAUUGGAAAAUCAUGUGGGCUUUUGUAAGUCCCUUGCUUAUUAUCAGCCUAUUUAUUUUUUACCUGAUGGACUACAUCCUCACAGGAAACCUGAAGUACCAAGCCUGGGAUGCAACACAGGGUCAGCUGGUACCCAAGGAUUAUCCUGGUUAUGCCUUGGCAGUGAUCAGCUUCCUUGUGGUCUCUUCCCUCAUGUUCAUCCCCCUGGUGGCUCUGGGAACCUUCAUCAUGAACAGAAGGAAAAGGGGAAACACAUCUACUAUGGUGUGAGCAGCAGGACUCCCACGGAUGUCUUUUUGGAGUAGUUGAAAGAACUGUGUACUCAGAUGCCCAUUUUUGCAUAGUUCUUAUUUAUAGCUUUACUGUCUUUGGAUGCCUUUUUAUGUUUGUUUUUCAAACAUAUCAGUAGUACUCAGGAGAAAGUCUCUCAGCUUUUAGGGCCUUUAAGGAGGAAAUAGGACCAUAUGGCCAAAGGACAACCGUUUAAGAAAACCCACAAACCCCUCAUGACUUCCUCUCAUUUGCCUUUCCCAGCAAGGUUCCUUAGGACUAAUUUGUUAGCAAAAGCUUGUAAAGGAGAACAGGCCCUGUGAAGAGAAGAGAUUUGAAGUGACUUUCUUGUCAUUUGUGGCAAGGUAUAGUCACUCUCCUCUGGUGUCUGUUUAUAUGGGAUCCGGUUGAAUUCAAGUUUUCAUUUUCUUUUCCUACAGCGGAAAAAGGCACAGCCCUAGAGGGAAAGUGUGUUAGGGAACCCUGGCUCUUUGAUCAAGUUAGCAUGUUUCAGAGUAGUCAAGAGAAGUACAGAUGUCCCAGGGACAAAAGCUUUUAGAAUACAAAUGGACGGUUUCCAUUCUGUAAUAUGGCAUCCUUAUUCCCCUUUAAGUAUUUCUUUUGAAGAUUUAAGAUGAAGACUGAAACUAUUUCAAUGAUAUAAGGAACUGCCAGUAUAGAAAUUCCCCCUACCAAUGCACAUUGGCAUCUCUGCAACUUAUAAGUUUUAGAGAUCUAGAGCAGUGACGAGUUAGGUGACUUGCCUACCAUCACACGGCCAGUAUGUGGUCAAAGGUGGGAUUUAAACCUAGGUCUUCAUGACUUUGACUCUGGCUCUCUCUGUGUUAUACCCUGGAUGACUUUUUGAGGAUUUGCCCUUCUGAAUUUACCAAUAUGGUGCCAACAGCAAGGUCAGAUGGAACACAAAACAAGAAGGUACCCAUCUGAGUGCCCAUCAGGAGCAUCUUAAUACAGAUUCUUUUAGUUAAAUCCACAGCAUUUUUGGAGAAGAGGUGAGAGAAUUGUUUCUGCUCCCUUCCUAGAAAGAGUGCUUCCCUAUCUCUAACAACUUGUCAGAGAUGUAAGCCAUCCUUAAGUACUUGGGAGGAUGUGGCAUAGAACUCAAGCUUGCCCCCAUAUCAUGAUGAGGCAUCCGAGGAAGUUGUUAGUCAUGUGGCAUAGAACAUUCUUUAAUGCAAAUAAACAAGACAGCCACGUGGCCCGUCUAACACGAUGUAGUACAAACCAAUUAUUAAACCACGCAUUUAUUAAGCACCUACUAAAAUUCUUAUCAUCAUCAUUUCUGCCCCAUUUUUAUUGUGAUGAACUAGGAAAGAUCAUAGAAUUAGGACCAUAGAAUUUAGAAAGGGUUUCUACUGGUAGAUUUUGUUAAGGAUGUUGAAACUUUGGGGGAGACCAAAGUCCACAUGACAACUUUUUGAGAAACUUACUCAACAUUCGUUCCAGAGCACCUACAAUGUGCACAGGUAGUAAGGAGCAUAAAAGUAUGAACAAGCCGUGAUGCCUGGCUUAAACUCAGAUAGGAGAGAUGAGAUAGGCACAAAUAUAUACAAGAAAAAGUACAGUGGUCUCAGAACACAAGAGAGGCACCAUAAGAGCUCAGAGGAAAGAGAGUUCCAUUUGAGGGUGCAGGAAUCAGGAAAAAUUUCAUGGCGGAUUUGAGCUGGACCUUGAAGGAUGAAAGAAGGAUGAGGGAUGGAAGGGAAGGCAUUCCAGGCAUAGGGAACUGCAAGAGCGAAUAAAAGUACAAGCAGUGGGAAUUGCAAAGUGUGUAAGGAGCAGUGAGGGGGCCAGUUUGGUGGCAGCAUACGCUAUUUGAAGGGGAAGAGGGUGAGAUAAACUCCAGAGGGCAGGCUGAAGCCAGUUUGUGGAGGGCAUGUAAGGCCAGGAUCAGAAAUGAGGUCUUCGGUGUCUUUUUCUGGUGUCUAUUUUUCUUCUCACGGGGGAUUUUCCUUGGAGCAAGUAGAGGCAUUAGAGAUUCAAGUCUUGGUCUUUCUGUGAUCGAGAGCUAACUGGCUUUCUGUUCUUUGAACGCUUACCUCAUCAGCUCUCCUGGUGGUAUAGAAAAAGCACAUGUGCCUUCAAAAACGCAGGAACCAAAGCUUUCUUGGGCCAGACUUUCCCUCCUUUGGUCCUUCCAUUGAUCCUUCCUCAUGCUGUCACUUCAAGCAUCAAAACGUUUCCAAUUUUGGGUGGAGUAGUGGACGGCUUUGAACAUGACAGCACAGUCUGUUCCAGGAUCACUGAAGUCUUUCCAGCUCAUCCACACAUCCUGCAAUUUGCCUUGUCUUAGGGGAUCCCACUCACCCCGAAAUCAGUGUCUGUCCCUUCCAUCAGCUGUUAUCAAGGACUGGGCACAAACUCAGACUACAAAUGAAAAUGGUGUUUUGUUUAUAAACCACGUCAAAAUGUCAACAUCUAAAUGAGUACUGCACUCCAAAAUUCCCCUCUUGGAAUUGCCCGCAGAGAGUUUGCCAGCCACACAAGAAAAGAGAAAGGGAGACAUGAUGGCAGAAGAGCCAGGAAACGGUUUCUCGGCCGAGCCCAGCUGCUCAUGAGCUGAGGGUUCCGUUCUGGCCCUUAGGUCUCUCAGCUAGAAGAAGAGAGGGUUCAGUAAGAUUCUCUCUAGAGUGCUUUCCUACUCUGAAGUUCGAGGAUAAUUAGAAUCAGUUUUAGUGCUUGUCAGUUUUUCUUUCUCUCUGUCUUCCCCCUAUCUCCAACCUCUUCUCUCCCUUCACACAGUCUUCCAAGUUGAAAGAGAUGUCAGAGACCAAUCUGAAUUCCAAUCCAUUGCUGAAUAAGAAUCCACACUAUAACACACUUAGAUGGUCAAAGCCCAGAAACUCCUGGAAAAGUCCCAUUAGCACUAAUUAUUAGGAAGUUUUUCCUAUCAAUAAACCUACAUUUCUUUGUAACUAUCAUAGACCCACUCCUCCUAGUUUGGCUUUCUGGGGCCAGGCAGUGUAAGUCUUCUUUGCAACAACCCUUCAAGAGCUUGCAGACAAUUAUCAUGAACCCUCUGAGUUUCUUUUCUCCAAACUAAACAUUCUCAGAGAACAAGUACUGGGUAGUGCUGGAGGUGCUGCCGGGAAGACUGGGGUUUGAAUCUGGCCUCCGAAAUGUACCAGCUGUGUGACCCUGGGCAAG